CGUCUACCGCAUCAUGCCCCUUUGAACUGCUUCAUACUAGCACGCAGCCGUCCCCAACAUCCACUCAUUCCACACAUUACUAGAUCACUUCACUCGCAAGACAUGCCUCCAUCUGCAACACGACCAUCCGACCCGCCGAAGUACAAGCUGAAAGGCACCGUCUGCUUCGAUACCUCCCACAUUCAUAAGGCCAUUUAUCUUGGAUUGAGUGACACCGCAAAGGCGUUCUACAAGAACCUGGCAUGCACAUACCUCAGCACAUACGGCUUCGCACCACCCGGCCGCAUGACGCUCAAGACACCGGACUCGGAACCAGACAAGAUGGUUCUUCAUUGUGUAUGGAAGUUUAAACGGGAAAAGGAAGCAAAGGCGUUGCAAGCGGCCGUGAACGACAUCAGGUUGGCUCCCCCAGAUCCCAAGUUCCGUAAGGAAAAUCACAUACAUUCCGUUGAUCUCGUCUCAGGGCCGCUCGCACUUGCUUUACAACAGCGUAAGACGCAAGACGCUCUAGAUACAGUGGCGGUAGCUGGCAAGCGGAAGCGUUCGCCUACGCCCGGCGACGAGCAAUCGAAACGCCGUCGAACCAGUGUCCACGCCGAACGGCGGACUCUUAACGGUGCUCCGACGCGGACUAAAGAACAGGACGACCUCCGUGUAGAAGACACAUCGAGUGCCGCUCAGGGGAAGGUGAACCAGCCCACCGCCAGGACCUCGAGCUCAAGUCCUGGUAGCAGCACUCCAGUCGAUUGCGACGAACGCGGCGUUCUAGCAGCGCACAGCCCCAACGUUGCCGGAACAGAACAUCCAGUCAACGCCCCAGUGACCAUCUUUUCUGACGAUUCCACGACCGGCAAGUUCGCAUCGCCAGAGCCCGAAGUAUGGGGCCUACCAACGCUGCUCCCAGCUCCAGGGCCGCCUGCCGUAGCCACCCAGCUUCCAGCCCAUCCUAUGGCAGGCCCGAGUCCCGCACUAUCCCAGUCUGGCAGCGUUUUUGCUGGUCUGUCUGAGCUCGAUGUCGACGCUAUGUUCUCUGGUCCUAUGGUUCCUUCGGCGACGGCUGCUGCUUCUCCUCUGCGCACGAUCCUUGGCGAACAGGCCGACCAGAGGGAUCAAGCCCUGUCCCGCCCACUUGCACCCGAAGCGGAAGGCGCCAGCGACACCGAGAAGACAUGCGCGCUCUGUAUCGAGACGGAAACUAGGAAGAUUCAGAGCGACCUUGCGGACAUGCGGCGUUUGGAGCUGGCGCGCGAAGAGGCGGAGAGGGCCCAUGUCGCACGGCGCGGGCAGCCCCCUGAUCAUGACACGCAGGUUGCACAACUUUGCGAUCGGAUGAGAGACCUAAGGCAGCGCGACGAACUGCAAAUGGAGGAGCUGAAAAGCUUGCUUCCAAUUGGCUAUGCUACGCGCGCGUGUGGCUUCUCGGACACCGAGACGUCGCUGUGCCUCGCUGGCGCGGGGACGUUUAAGCCCGAGAGCCUGGAAAUACCGUCUGUCGCUCAACUGCCCACGGGUUUCAGGGUACCGGUCAGCGCAGUGACAAUGAUCGCCAGCCCUGCGCACCUCACCCAGUCCCGCUCUGAGCCAGAUCGCUCGUCCAGCCCGAUAGCCAUAUCGAACGCGCGUCGUCUCCCGGGCGGGAGUCCAUUUCCCUCACAUGUAGAACUAUUCCUGACCUCACUGAACUCGCCUGCUACUGUACAUACUCGCUACUACUGCUACUGA